AUGAGCACAUGUCGAUGGUGUACACCUAGUGGUUCUGACACCACUGAGUUCCUGAAGAGCUAUGCUUCUAAACGGUUGUCCCAGGAAGAUCUUGAAGGAUCCAAUGAUGAUCUCUGUUACUGUCUGGAGUGUGUGGUUGAAUACCACAAAGCAAGGGAAAAUGUGCCAAGCUUGCAUAAGGUCUUGUGGGAGUUGGAAACUUCCCGUCUUGUUGCACACAUUGAGAAAUUCAUGGAAGAAGAAGCUGGAGAAGACGAUGAGUUGUUUAUAGUGGAUGAGAAUGGAGAGACACAGCUGUCUGGUUAUGUGGGCCCAGAUUUUGAGAAUAACCUGCGAGUGCCCCUUCUAGAAAUACUGAAAUACCCAUAUCUGCUGCUGCAUGAGAAAGUCAGUGAGCUGUGUGUAGAAGUGCUCUGUAGAAUGGAACAAAGUCACAGCUCCUUUCAGGUCUUUGAGAAGUAUCCAGGAAUUUAUGUUUUUUUGGUACACCCAAAUGAAGUGAUUCGUCGAUGGGCCAUCCUAACAGCAAGAAAUUUAGGGAAGGUUGACAGGGAUGAUUACUAUGACUUACAGGAAGUGCUGACUUGCUUGUUCAAAGUUAUUGAGUUGGGGCUUUUUGAGAGUCCAGAUAUUUACAGCUCUUCAAUGAUUGAAGAGGGUAAACUCAUCCUUCUGCCAUCUCAUUUAUAUGAUACUACCAACUACAAGAACUAUUGGCUAGGGAUUUGUAUGUUACUAACAGUGCUGGAAGAACAAGCUAUGGACUCCUUGUUACUGGGCCCAGACAAACAAAAUGAUUUCAUGCAGUCUAUACUUCACACCAUGGAGAAAGAAGCAUCUGAUGAUUCUACUGACCCCUUCUGGCCAGCGCUGCAUUGUUUCAUGGUUAUUUUGGAUCAGCUCGGAUCUAAAGUAUGGGGUCAGCUUAUUGAUCCUGUCCAAGCCUUUCAAACCAUUAUCAACAGUGUGAGCUACAACAAUGAAAUAAACAAUAUACGCAGUAGCUUUAAGAGGACGAAAUCUGAACCAGAGUCAGACUACGAUGAUGACAUGGUUACCUGCAGUCAGAUUGUCUAUAAUUAUAACACAGAGAAGCCUCAAAAGGACACUGGAUGGAAGACUGCCAUUUGUCCAGAUUACUGUCCCAACAUGUAUGAAGAUAUGCAAACACUGGCUAAUGUGCUUCAGUCUGAUCUUGGCAGAGAUAUGCGUGUCCAUCACAGCACGUUUCUGUGGUUCAUCCCUUUUGUUCAGUCACUUAUGGAUCUCAAGGACUUGGGUGUAGCAUAUAUAGUAGAGGUCAUUCACUACCUCUGCUCGGAAAUCAAAGAUAUUGUCAAUGAAAGAAUCCAGCAGUGUGACAAAAUCUCUGAAUUUUUUCUCCUGAUCUUGGUGUCCAUUAUUGAACUACACAGAAAUAAAAAGUGCCUGCACUUGCUAUGGAUUAGCUCCCAAGAAUGGGUGGAAGCAGUGGUGAGAUGUGCUAAGCUUCCAGCUAUAGCAUUUACACGGUGCACUGAAAAAGCAUCUGGGCACUGUGGGAGAGGUUCAUCAGCAGUAUCUUUGCAAGCUUCUAACUCUGUGCAGCAUGCCUGUGUGCAGUUGAUACGCAGCCUUCUUCGAGAAGGCUAUCAAAUUGGGCAGCAUUCUCUUUGCAAGCAAUACCUAGACAAACUCAAUCUUCUUUUACGAGGAAAUCUAUCUUUAGGUUGGCAGCUGAACAUCCAGGAAACCCAUGAAUUGCAAAUGUGUUUGAAGCAAGUUAUAAGAAGUAUAAAGGGCAGGGCAUUGAAUACCUCUGCGCCUGUAGGAAACAAUGCAAACUCUACAACUUUGCCUACCAUUUCUGUAAAGCAGGAGAAGAAUGCGCAUGGUGAUGGAUGCAAGAUGAGUGCACGUGGCAGAGGUGACUUUAGUUCACCAUUUGCUGCCAUAGCCAAGGAAGGCAGAGAUGAUGAUUGUCAAGAGAAUCCUUUCCCUAGAAGAAAGAGUGCCUGCGAAGAGGAAUGUAGAGAUGCAUCUAAAAGUUCAAGAUCUUGGACAUCCACAGAAGGCCUUUUCAUGAAUAUUAAAAAGGAAGUUAAUGACUUCACAACUCAGGAAUACAUCUACCCACAGAACUCAACAAAAGUAUGUGGGAAAGUUCAGGAAAAUAGGGACGAUGAUCUUGUGGCAAGGAAAUGUGAUAUGGAUAAUCAGUGCUUUAAUCCAAAUGCCCAGUGUUCAGAUUUCGGAAGAGCUGGAGAGUUGGAAAACAAAUGUGAAGCAGGACCCAUAACACCAGUGCGUCUGGCUACUCAAAGUCACAUUGGUUCUCCAGAACAUGUUUACAGCUCAGAUGUGAAGGAAAGCAGUAUGUCUCCCAGUUCCUCUUCAAAGCUUCAAGUAGAUUUACAUAGACUCACAAGUUUGACAAACAAGAUAAAGAAAAUUGAGUGGCCCUCAAAAGUAUCACAGCCGGUGAAGCCACGUGACUUGAAAAAGUGCGGUUUAGCAACAAGUGCUUCAAAAGCAAAGGUAGAGCAACCUAAGCUUUGCACUGGUUAUCUGUGUAGCAGCAAAGAUUGUCAUAAACACGGGGGAGUAAAUACUGUGUGUGAAAGUGAAAUCUCCUUUGAUACUCCAUCUUCAAGGAGUUGUGAAAGUGCACAGGAAAAAGGUGUCAACAGUGCUCUUCAAUCUGGGCUGGUCGCCACUAAACAGGUAUCAAAAGAAACACCACAAGAUUGCUCUAGCUCCUCUAAAAAUGAACCUGCUGUGCAGGGAAAGGAAGAUGAAGGUAUUUUGCUUUCAGGGAUUAGUGACACCUUACUGAAAAAAGUAUCCACUGAAGAAAAAUCAAGUCCGUUGUUGAAGUCUGUGUUUAAGACAGAACCCGACUUGCGAACUUCAGACCGGGAACAGCCUGAUUUAAAUGACUUGGUUAAAUAUGACUGUAAAGGUCAAAUUUCAAAGACAUUCUGUAUGGAUAAAACUUCAGCAAAUGGUCAUGUUCCAUCUAGCUCUGAAAACCAGAGGGAUCUAUCCAACCCUGCUUCUCAGAUCAGGCCACUGUCAGUGAAGUGUGAAUCAAGUGACAGCCAAGAAAGCUCAGUACAUCAUAAUGUAUGUGAUAUUAAAAGGAAAGUGAAAGGUGCUGUAAGAUCUUCCAAUGAUGGCCAAAGUACCAAGUCUCCCUGUGAUGCAGAUUGUCUUGACAAUCAAGUCAUUAUAAUUUCAGACUCUUCUGAUGAAGAAGGUGAUGUGGCUGACAAGGAGGAAACAAAAAAAAUGAAUGAAAACAUGUGUCCUGAAAAGCAGCCUUCAACUUCCAGCUGCAUUUCUGAUAGUAAUACCAAAUUAGAAUCAAAGACAGGGCCGAGCUCUCCCUUGUCACUGGAAGACUGUGAGUCUCAGUACUUUGAAUUUGAAACAGAAAAUUAUGUCUGCUCAGUUUGGCAAGAUACUCAAGCAUAUAGUACAGAACCAACUCAAGAGUAUAAACAAGAUCGUGUUUCAACAUCAGUUGAUAGUAGCAAUUUAGAUGGCUUACUGAAGGAUCACACAAAUGAAUGGGGUUAUGAUGUGGAUUUCAUCAUGGAUGAUGAAACCAUGGAAGAAGGAGCAAACUUGAUAGAAAAGCAAACAGAAAAUAUUUCUCAUCAGAACGAAGCUGAUAAUACAAAAGUAGUAACUAAUUCAACAUUAGAAGAAUCUGUUAGUAAGGGAAAUGCAAAAGAUGAACUGGAGAAUUUUGCAGACAAAAGCGCUGUUGCUAAAGACAUCACUCUGGACUCAAAAUUGACUGAACCCGGAGCAUCUACAUCUCACAUCUCAUUAGCUUCAAAGUUGGCGCUUAAGAAAAAUAGCACAAGCCCACGGAAGAAUAUAGCAAAAUCUAAGGUAGCAAAAACUAUUCAGAGAAGUCCUAAGAAACUUCCUGUUCUAAAACCAGCACAAAAUAAAAAAAUACUUCAAAAUACAGUAAAAAAUUUUCAGCCUGGCAGGUCAAUGCCUGCUGUUGUUCCUCCAAGGAAAAUUAGACAGUGUCCUGCACCGGCAUCAACUGUAGAAAAACUUGGUCUGAAGAAGGCACCCCGCAAAGCGUAUGAAUUAUCCCAGCGCUCUUUGGAGAGUCUAGCUCAAUUGCGCAGCUAUGGUAAAGCUGCAGGGAGAGUUGCACAGAAACAUAAGAUUAAACCAAUUGCUCCUCAAAGUUUGUCUGUAAAACAUAACAAAAAAUUUCUGGCCUGCCAAGACCUUCAGUUUUUAAGGCAGACAAGGCCCCAAAAAAGCGACAAAGUGAAAAAUCUUGCAGGACGUUCUGAGAAUAGAAACAAAAAAGUUAGCAAAGUGGAUGCAAAAUCGAUGAGACAAAAGCCUGUCGGUUUUCAACUGGGAUCUGUUGAAAACCAAAGAGAGAAAAAAAGAGAGGAGACUGACUCUCCCUCUGCUGAUGAGAGAAAAUCUGAAAUUUUCUCUGCGGAGGAAGAGACAUGUCUCUCUAAAACGCCUAGUUCUUCAGACUCGAGCAGAAAAUCAGAGGGUAACAGUAUGUUGGCUCCUCCUGUACCUAUGGAUUCAAGUCUCUCUUCCGCUUCACUUGUUGGAGAUGAUAAAGAUGAACCUUCAGGAAAAGGUUCCAUUGAAAACAGUGAAGAUGAUGAUGAUCUAUUUUUAACUCAGCUAGAUCCUGUGGAUAUGGAAUUAUGUUUGGAGGAGGAAAGUGUUCAAGGUAUUAUUAUAGCUAGUAAGAAACCUGAGGAAAUGGAUACUGCUGAAAGCCUUCAGCAGAAUGAAUCCUCGACUGUUGUGAAAUGUAAGUACGAAGACUGUACAGAAAAAGUGGAAAAACCAGGAGAGUACUGUAGUAAGCAUUCAGCCACCAGCUCAGAAGGUGAUGACUUGUUUGCCAAACCUUCUCUCCUGCCACCUUCUAAAAUGAGAAAGCCUUCUACUACCAAAAUUUUCAGCUCUGCAAGUUCUUCACGGAAUGCAGCCUUCAGCAAGGAUCUCGAAGAUGGUAAAAAGCUACCACCAGCUUCAAAAAGCAAAGUGAAUGCAGCAAAACCGGUGGUGGCCAGGCCACCGAAUGCAAAAGCCAUACCAAUAGGGAAUCAAACAUGCAAGUUGCCUAGUUUCAGUAAUGUACCUCAAGCCUGUAUUCCUAAAAACGUUCUCCAGUCACAAAAUAGACAGAAUGACAAUGCUUCAAAUAUUUCCAGAAGGCCUGCCCGAGAAGCAUAUUAUUCUUCCUGUCUUGGCGCUCACCAGCGUGAUCAUCGUAUUUUUGUUAAUGAAGUCUUAAAGUGGACUUACGAAAUGUUUGCAAACUCCAGCCAGUUUGGACCUCCAAGUAGUCUCCUGCAGUCUGUAGUAGCCUCUGUUCCUGUCCAAUUUCAGGGAUACAAUGACUAUUUUAAUACGUUUUUCCCCUUGAUGAUGCUAAAUGCCUUUGAAACACUGGCACAAGAGUGGAUAGAAAAGCAGAGAGUAAGAGAGAAGGGUUACUACUACUUCUACUUACAGAACUUCAGUGCUGACUCGAAUGCAGCAGACUUUACAGCUCACUUUCAAGAAAGUGAUUUGGCAAAGCAGCUUCAUCCAAAGGAGGACGACGUAAUCUUUUUGGUGGUCCAAAAGAAAAAAGACACCUUUAGGGAGGAAAGUGAGGUGGAGAACCAUAUAGUGAGUCACGUUGGUCUUGUGACACGAUUUUCUCGUGCGUCUGGACAAAAGGAGCAGCAUACCGUCUGUCAUCUUUCUGUGCAAACUCGAGGCAAUUUGUCAUUCUUCAUAAAUCAGCAAGUGAAGUGUGUGGUGGUCGGCUCCCUGGUGACCACACACCGAACAUUCAAAGGUCUGCUACUAUUGAGCCGGAGUCCCCUGGCUAAACCCAUCAUAAAUCCAAGUUACAGUGACUUCUGUCCCAGAGAUUUGCCUGUAACUUCAGAAAGUGCUGCAUCGGAUAUGAAUGAAUACAAUGAAGGUCAAAAGAGAGCCAUUGAGACGGCUUAUGCCAUGGUAAAGCAACAUCCAGGGCUUCCCAAGAUCUGCCUCAUCCAUGGACCACCUGGAACAGGGAAAUCAAAAACUAUUGUUGGACUUCUGUCUCGUGUUUUGAGAGAAAACACUAGGAAUGAGAAAGCAACUCAAAAAACAAAUUCCAAGAUCAAGCCAAACCGUUUUCUAGUUUGUGCACCAUCAAAUGCUGCUGUAGAUGAACUCAUGAAAAAGAUCAUCGUUGCGUUUAAGGAAAAAUGCCAAAACAGACAGGAGCCUUUGGGAAACUGUGGUGAUAUCAAAUUAGUGCGACUUGGUGCUGAAAAGGCAAUCAACAGUGAAGUCCGGGGAUUUAGCCUGGAUAAGCAAGUGGAACAUAGAAUGAAAAGAAAGCCAUCUGACUAUGACCAGGAUAUUCAGAAGAAAAAAGCAGCUCUGGAUCAAAAGUUGGACAUGCUGUCUCGUCAGCGUGCCAUGCACAGAUGUGAGAAGAGGGAGGUAAUAAGAUAAUAUCAAAUGUUAGAUGAUGAAAUUGGCAGGCUUUCAAAGGAGAGACAGCAGCUUGCUUCUCAACUAAAGGAGGUUCGGGGCCACUCUCAGAAAGUACAGACGGAUAUCAUCUUGGAGUCCGACAUCAUUUGCUGCACACUGAGCACAAGUGGAGGAAGUCUGCUGGAAUCUGCUUUUUGGCGGCAAGGUCUUGAUCCUUUCAGCUGUGUAAUUGUGGAUGAGGCAGGGCAGUCCUGUGAAGUUGAAACACUGAUUCCACUGAUUCAUCGCUGUAAUAAACUUGUCCUUGUUGGAGAUCCCAAACAGCUUCCUCCUACUGUAAAAUCGAUGACAGCUCAGAAAUAUGGCUACGAUCAGUCCUUGAUGGCACGUCUGCAGAGACACCUGGAGGAGCAAGUGCAGAAGAAUGUUUUACGAAGCCUGCCAGUUGUGCAGCUGACUGUGCAGUACAGGAUGCACCCUGACAUCUGCCUCUUCCCGUCCAAUUAUGUUUAUGGCAGGACUCUAAAGACUGACAGAGCAACAGAAGAGAACCGAUGUUCUCCAGAAUGGCCAUUCCAGCCCUACCUUAUUUUUGAUGUAGGAGAUGGUUGUGAGGAGCGAGACAAUGACUCUUUUAGUAAUCCUCAGGAAGUGAAGCUGGUGAUGGAAUUAAUUAGAACAAUUAAAGAAAAAAGGAAGGAUCUGGGUCUUCGUCGUAUUGGAAUAAUUACCCCUUACAGUGCACAGAAAAAGAAAAUUCAAGAACAACUGGACAGAGUGUUUAAGAAUAACAGCCCAGGAGAAGUGGACACAGUGGAUGCAUUCCAGGGACGAGAGAAAGACUGCAUCAUAGUGACAUGCGUCCGGGCAAAUGAUGCUAAAGGGUCAAUUGGGUUUCUGGCAAAUCUUCAGCGUCUGAACGUUACAAUUACUCGAGCCAGAUACAGCCUCUUCAUCCUUGGAAGACUGAAAACAUUCAGGGAAAAUAAAGACUGGAAUGAGUUGAUUCAGGACGCUCAGAAAAGGGGUGCCAUUAUCAAGACAUCAGACAAAAGCUACAGGAAAGAUGCUCUUAAGAUUUUGAAGCUUAAGCCAACAGUACAGCUCCCAACCAAAGCAGGGACAAAGAAACCUGUGUUGCAGGCUUGUUCUUCCAGUAAUGUGAAGGGUGAGCUUGCAAAUCCAAGGGAGGCCAGCAGCCCACGGGAACUGGCCGCUGGUGCUGGCCAUCCAGCGGCCCAAGGAAGCAAAAGGCCCCAGCAGCCACAGGGGGCUCAGGCUGUAGACUCCAGGAGCGGGAGCGCCUCCCGACCCCUUUUUUUUUCUGCUGAUCGAGAGAAACCACGGGACCCAAGGCUGGCAAGUAUGGCUAGUAGAACUGAAACCAAAGGGAAGGAGCAGGCCUCAAAAGACAGCAGUCGGUCAUCCCAGAGCAAUCCAGGGUCAACAUCACAGCAAGGCCUCGAUGUGUCCUCAGUGGCCAGGGAUCAGCUGUCCAGACCAAAAACUUCUAAGAACCCCCAGCAAACAAUGGGACAAGGUGACAUGCCUUCCACAUCACCUUACGCAGCUCGGCACGAGGGUGACACCCGAGCUUCUGUAUUGAAAAUCGGUUCAAAAGCCUGCAGUGAAGGAGGUCAAAGCAAUAGCAGUAAGUGGAACAAAGACUAUCGUGUUUUAACAAGGAGAACAUCAGAGGAAUCGCCAGAGAACACGGACUCAAACAGUGCCAAGCGAAGAAAGACCUCCCACUGA